CCAAAUCCGAACCGGCCCUCCAAAUCCAAAGCCGGAAAAACAACCACCCUUUUCUUUUCCUCCAUUUUCCCCACCCACGAACUCGUCGUCUCCCAUCCCCCGCCGCUGCCUCCACCCCUCCCUCCGUCCCCCCACCCCAACAAAACCCUAGCCGCCUCGGGCCCCAGCGCCCCGCGCUCGUCCACGGCCGCCACGGCCGCCUAGAUCCCCCGGAUCCCUCGAGCGCCCUAGGGCUUCCGGGCCCGCCUCGCCCGCGCCGCAUCUGACUUGGUAGUGGUGUACGGGCUAGGGUUGGCCCGCCAUGCCUCGGAGCUCGCGCCACAGGUCGCACCGGUCCCAUAGGCGGGGAGGGUCCGCGGACCGGUCGGAGUCCGAGGGCGAGGAGGCGGCGUCGGCGUCGACCGGCGCGCGGGAGGAGGUCGCGGCGGUGGCUAGGGUUUCGCGAGAUCUCGAGCCAGAGAGGCGCCGCUCGUCGUCGGGGAAGGAGGUCGUGAGAUCGGGGAACGGGUACGCGGAGCACGGGAAGAAGAGGAAGGAGAGGGUCGAGGAAGCCGUUGUGGAUGUGGUCAGCGACCGGUGGAACAGCGGCGUCUGCGAGGAUCAUUUGGUCGACAAGAGGUCCAAGAGUGAAGUGCAUGGCCCUGUCGAUGCGGAAAAACCAGCGGACAAGUCCAAGGGAUCAGGGGAUGAGUCCAAGAGGUCAAGCAGGCGGGCGGUGCUUUCGGAUGAGAGGGCAGAUGAGGUUGUGUUGAAGAGUGAUUCUGGGAAGCGGCGGUCGGAGAAGGAGAAAGAUUUGGGGAGGAGAGAGAGUACCGGGCAGUAUAAGGAUGACAGAGAUAGAGAUAGGGAGAGGGAGAGAGAAAGGGAAAAGGAGAAAGAUUUGGGGAGGAGAGAGAGUACAGGGCAGAAGGAGCGAGUGAGGGAAAGGAGUAGGGACAGAGAGAGGGAGAAGGAAAAGGAACGGGAGAAGGAGAGGGAGAGAGAACGGGAGAGGGAGGAGCGAGUGCGGGAGAAAAAUAGGGAUCGAGAGCGUGACAGGGAGCGGGAAAGGCAGAAGGACCGAGAGAGGGAAAAGAAAGACUAUGAUUCCAAGCAUGAGAGGUAUGAGGAUGCGGUUAGCGGGAAGAGUGGCUCAAAGGCAAGUAGGAUGGAAGAUGAGGCUUAUUCAUACAGGAGAGAUAUAGAGAUUAAUGAAAUUCCAUCAAAAGAGAAGUACAGUAAUCCUGAGAAGCAACCUGACAAACACAGCCGAAGAAAAGAUGACUCUGAAGACAUAGAUAAGUGGCCUGCUGACAAUAGAGACAGUGAUGAUAGAAAGACUCUGUCCAGAUAUGAACAUGUUAAAGCUAGGAAUUCUAAAGAACAAAGGUUUGAUGAUGACAAGUACAAAGAAAAGGACAAGGAUGAUUACGGAAGGGAUAGAAGACAACAAGAUGACAAGUUUCUCGAUGAGCGCGUGACCCGAGAUCAUGAAAGUGAUAGGGCUGAUUAUAAGAGCACUAAAGAUGGACACAGAAGCUCGGAGAGCCAUUACAGAAAGGAUGCAGUUCAAGAUGGCGAUCAUUAUGAUGAUUAUGGCAGCAGGUAUAAGGAAAGUAGAGGGAGAAAAAGACCUCCUGAGGAAAAUGAUGACCAAUACGAUUUAAAGCCUCCAAGUGCACGAGAUCGGCGUGUAAAUUUGGAAAAAUCUUCAGGCAGUGGGCGUCUGGAUUCUCUGAUUGAGAGAGCAAGACUUGAUCGUAGUUCUAGUCCAAGUAAACUCCAUGGAAGAAGUUCACCUAGCCCAAGUUCUUAUCAUGACAAAGAUCAGAGCUGGCACGGAUCUAAACUGAUAGAUCAUGGUAAAAGAGAACCGUAUGAUGAGAGAAAUAUUCGAUCAAGAACAUCUUCUGCGAGCGAAAGGACACCUGCCUCUAGACUUCGUGAUAGGGAUGCAGAAAAUUGGUCUUCAGAAAGGUUCAAACAGAAGGACGAUCACCAGCCUCGUGACGUACCAUUGGAAAUCUCUACAUCGUCACAAUAUGAUCGCACACCUAGGAAAGAUAAGCAUACCUCACCAAAGCAGUUAUCUGAAAAAUCUCCAUCUUCAGGCGACCAAAGGUUUUCAGGUAGGCUUAGUAGUGGACGUAGUCUUGAUAAUAAAGGAGAAAGAAACAGCCUUACAAGAUACAGGGAUCGAGAUGGUGAGCUGCCCCAAGAACGGUCACUUCAUCAAGAUCGAACACCAGCUAAAGUUCCGUUCAGGGAACCAACACCUUCUGGUUCAUCCAUAAGCAGAGGUGGCCAUUUUUCAGGCACUUCACCAAAUCAUCCUCUGCCACUCUCUGCAAGGCAUAGAAGUGAUGAUUCUUCUUUCUUGGGUUUGCAUGAUGAUGACCGUAGACCACAAAGUGGAGAUAGGAGGUUCCAUGGCCAUCAAAAGAGGAAUGAUAUGAAUCCUGGAUGUGGACAUGGACAUGCCUGGAACAAUCCACCAAACUGGCCUUCUCCAGUAGCAAAUGGUUUUGUCCCUAUUCAACAUGGCGCUCCAGCAUUUCACCCACCUGUGCAUCAGUAUCCUGGCCCACCUAUGUUUAACCUUAGGCCUCAAAUGAAGUUGAACCAACCUGGAGUUUCAUAUCCCAUGCAUGACGCUAUUGAAAGGUUUUCAACCCACAUGCGCCCAUUUGGGUGGCCUAAUCCUCUGGACGAAUCAUGCCCACCUCACCUGCAAGUUUGGAAUGGAGGCAGUGGUGUGUUUCCUGGCGAACCCUAUUUGUAUGGUAGGCAAGAGUGGGAUCAGAACAGACCGCAUGCUAGCAGCAGAGGUUGGGAGGUGACUAAUGAUGCAUCAAAGGGACUAAAUGAAGUGCCUGAUGCUGAACUUCCAGUUGCUAAGAAGGAGCCUGACUGUGCAGCAACCCUUAUUUCUGAGUCUUCCGGUGGACAACACAAUCUUCAACCUCAGAUCGAGCAAAAAGAAAUUGAACACUCGAAGUCAGAAAACAUUGAAGCAAAGGAUGAUUCUGAAAGUUCCUUGAAAAGUUUCAAAGCUCCUCAAGGAGCACCAGUUAUGACUUCUAUGCUGUCAAAGAAUGGCGUGGUCUUUUCUAAAAGCUAUCUAUCCAGAAUUAGUGUGUCACAUGAUCUUGUUGAGUCAGAGUUGUACAAAAGGUGUAUAUCCUUGCUGGGAGACUUGGGUGUAACAAAGGCCCCUCUGGAGGUUAAGAAUGAGCUUAUUCAGAACAAUAGAAAUAUUGGAAAGGUAACUAGAAAACAUGGAAGCCCCAAUCCUUUCAGUUCACUUUACCUCAAGGGUAACAGUACUAUCUUUCAGAGAGCUAUGGCUCUUCACAAGAAUCAGACAGGGGAGGCUUUAGUUCCCACCUCUUCCUUUGUAAAAACGGAAGGGAAGAUGGACUUACCAGAAGAAGCUUGUGACACAGAAAUGCUUGAUAGUACUCAAAAGGAACCAGCUGUGAGCAACCCUGCUCCGCUCUGUUGCCCUGAUAUCAUUGAGGAAGGUUCACCGUCAAAACUGCAACCUGGUGAUAGCAUGGGGGUGGCAAAUCCAGCAACUAAAGAAUCUGGUGGUGGGGAGGCAUCUCCAGCAAUCACACAACCUGAUGUAGAGAUGGAGGCGGUGGCACCACCAGCAAUCACAGAACCUGACAAGGACAUGGAGGAUGUGGUACCUCCAGCAAUUGAAGUACCUGCUGAUGGCAUUGAGGAUGGUGCACGACAAGUGACUCUAGAACAUGCUGCUGACUUGCCAGAAGUUACACCUGCUGAUGGCAUGGAGGAUGUUGCACCUUCAGCCGUUGGAGAAUUAGGUGAUAGCAUGGAGGUUAUGCCCCCUGCCGCCGCAGAUACUAGCAUAGGCAAGGAGGAUGCUCCUGUUGUUGCUAGUCCUGAUGGUCAAGAGGGACCCUCCAUCAUGCAUGCAGGUGCUGAGACAGGUAUUGAAGAAGAUAUUGAUAAAGUUACCGAUGAUAAUAAUGGGGAUGGUGAGGUGAACUCAUCAAUCCUGGCCCCCAAGUUGGAUGUCGCUGCAAGCGAUUCUCAGGAUUCUGAAGCUUUGUUGGUGGAAAGUAGGGUAAAUUUAAGUCGGAUACCUAAUUCCCAAGAAAGUACACAUUGAACUCCUUUUUAUUCCAUUUUUAAUUCCUUUUGUCUGAGGGUCUUGCGCCCUCAGCCUAGUGUUUUUUGAGUUGCAUCGUUUUGUUUA